CCCCCGGCGCCGCCGCUCCUUCCUCCCCUCCACCCCGUCCGAAUCUUAAACGGCUCCUGGGAUGGGGGUCUCUAUAGCAACGGGGCCUAGUCCCGGUUCUUGGCACCCCCAAAAGUAGGCAAAGUGGAGUGGGGAGGAGCGGUUGCCUAGCAACCGGCGGCCAUCAUCCCUCUUCCGAUUUUAUUGAGGUUGGGUGGAGUUUCCAGGGGAUGUGGAGGAUGUUUCGCUCCCGAGGUAGAAGCAGGGGUUGCUAUGACGACCAGGGAGGAGGGAGGGGACGAAGAGGAGGCGGAGCCAACUCGUUGUUAUAGCAACAAGGGCGCACGCAGGAAAGGUCCCUGCCCCAGAGGUCUUGCAGUCUAAAAUGGGUGGGGCAAAGUUCUGCUCUCCAGGUGUUCUUGGACUACAUCUCCCAUCAGUCUUACGAGGCCUAGUGUCAACAGCAUCUGGGGUGGGCUGUGCUUGGCCACGCAAGAGACCCUGGAACAAUGGUAGGAGAGAGAGAGAGAGAACACACUGUGGGCGUGUGCCGUUGAUUCCUUUCCAUAGACUUGAAAUGUCUGUUUUCCUGCUACCAGAGGGAAAGAAGUACCCCUGGUUUAUGGGCGCAAUUUUAAAUGCACAAGAACAGGAGUAAUCAGUGAGGCUCUUGCUUGCAGAGACCCCCUGAGAGGCGUUUACAAAGCUAAUGGAAUACCGUGCUAUCUGUCCUAUACAGAGGCUAUUAAAAAUGUCUCUUUUGCCUCCAUGUACUAUUUGCAAGUUCGGUUUCAUGGAGCAAUGCAAUUGGCAGAGUUUUUCUUGGAUAACCAUUCCUCAAGGACCUGAGGAAGGUGUUGAUGGGGAAACUGGGAGACACUGGAGACCUUAUUCUUCAAUAGGUUGCAGUGGUCUUGAGGUCAUGACUUUGGUUCUCAGUCUGCCACCAACCCUCUGAGCUGCUCCUUCCUUCCUUCCUUCCUUCCUUCCUUCCUUCCUUCCUGCCUUUGUACUGAUUCUUCCCUCUGUACUCAGACUGGGCGCUGGCUUGCUGGGGGCCUCCCCAAGCGACCCUGAUGAUCAUCCUCUCAGAAACUAACAGAGCAAAACAGUUUUCUCAAAGGAUUGAUUGGCUAUAGCACAGGAUCCAGGCCAAGAAAAUGGCAAUACAGAUCAACCCAAAAGAAGGAGUUGGGGGGGGGAACUGGAAAGAAUUGGUGAUACUCAGCCUUCACUUCUACUUCAUUAUUUAUUGCAUUUCCUUUUCAGCAGGACAAAUACUGUUUUAGCAGGGGGAAAAGCAGGAUCCUGGUGGUGUUGGUACUCUCAGCCCUUCUUCUCCACAUCAGGUAAACCAAAUUUGGAUGGCCGAGCCUGGCGCUGCAGGUCCCACCUUGGGCCAGAGACCAGGGAGCCUUUUAGCUUCUCUCCUGCCUUCACAAGAUGCGCAUCACCUUCUGCCAGGGGGUGCUAGUCGCUGCCAUAGCUGUUAAUCUGCUCGUCCUCUACUACAUCUCACGGCUACAGCAGCGCGUCUUACACCGACACAGGGACCGCGUGCCACCGGGCUCCCAUCAGCAGCUUUGUUCUCCUCUGAGGCCUGGUGUGACCCUCCUUAUCCGGGAGUUCGAGGACUUUGAAAACUAUGUCCCUGACGUGGUGCGGUCUUUCCUGAAAGACCAGCCCGAGCUUCCGGUGGUGGUGGUGGCAGACCGCCUUCCGUACCCUCCCAUGGUUCUACCCAGCGCUCCCAAUGUCCAGGUGGUCCUUCUCAAGCCUUCCCCCCAUCAGGCCAUCCACACGUUUAGGCCGGAGACUUACGUGAGGACAGAAUACGUGGCCCUGGUACCCGACGGGGUGAAGGCGGAUUCGACAUCCCAGUUGGAGCGCAUGUUGGAGGAGUUCAAGAGCAGCCAAAAUGAGGCCAAGAUGGUGGCCGCUCCAGUGCAGGCGCUGGCCCCUCUCCAGUGCUUGAACCUUAAGGUGAGCCUAAAGGAAUGGACAGCUGAGUACAUGGCAUCGCCUCCUUCUUCCAAGCUGUGCCAGGCCUUACGGGGAGAGGCUGUCCUUCUCCUCCGCACCAGGGACCUCUUCAAUCUCUCGGUGCCCUUGGCCAAGCCCCUGCUGACCUCCCUCUUCAUUCAGAGCUCCCUGCGAGGCUGGGCUGUCCGGGUGGUCGGCAUCUCCUUCUCCUCCCUCCACCUGCCCCUGCUGUCCUCCUCUCAUAACCAGUGGAAGGCAGACAACCUGGCCAAGGCCAACCGGCUGCAGUUGUUCCAAGACUUUGGCAUCAAGCGAGUGAUCCUGGAGGACGGGAAGGAGCAAUGGUUUGGCUGCAGCAAAGAGACCCCGCGAUGCUUUGGCACCAUCCACAACGACAUGCCAGACUACCUCUACCGGAACCGCUGGACUCCUCCGUGCUGCCUCAAAGCGUUGAGGGAGACGGCCAAAUACGUCAUCAACAUCUUGGAGACCUCCGGGGUGCGGUACUGGCUGGAAGGCGGGACGCUUCUCGGGGCGGCCCGUGACCAAGACAUCAUCCCGUGGGAUUACGACGUGGACCUCGGCAUCUACCUGGAAGAUAUCCCGAACUGUGAGCUCCUCAGGAGCGCAGAGGCCGGCUCGAUUGUGGACGAGAAGGGUUUCGUCUGGGAGAAGGCCAUCGAGGGGGACUUCUUCCGAGUCCAGUACAGCGAACACAACCAUUUGCACGUGGACUUGUGGCCUUUCUACUCCAAGAAUGGGGUGAUGACGAAAGACACGUGGAUGGACCACCGGCAGGACAUUGAGUUCCCCGAACACUUCCUGAAGCCCUUGGUCCCCAUCCAGUUUGCUGGUUUCCUUGCCCUGGCACCCAACAAUUUCCGGAGCUUCCUGGAGCUGAAGUUUGGAGAAGGGGCGAUUGAGAACCCCGAGUAUCCUAACCCAGCCCUGAAAAAGAUGGAUAAGGGCAACAGACGGGGUGCUCACAGGAGAGAGGAGGCUGUGGAUUAGUGUCCCAAUGCCAAUCCCUUCCCUCUUUUGAAUACCAAAUGCAUACAGGCCGUGCUGCGCUCAGGGGUCUAGCUGCUUGUUGCCGGGACCUCAGCGUUUGCGCAGUGUGAGGGAGAUGUUUGCAACACUGAAUGUACACCAGAACUGCCUGGCCUGAUCUGGCCAAAGGCCUCUGGAGCCCAGCCUUCUGUUCCUGCCAGCAGCCGGCCAGAUGCCUCCAGGGGGCUUGUAGACAGAGAGUGAAGGUAAUCUUUUUCCCUUGUUCGUUCCCAGCAGCUGAGAUUCAGAAGCAGAUGCCCUCUGUCUGUGGAGACUGUAUUUCACUGUUCUAUAACAAACGCGUCUCAAAAAGAAUGAUUAUCAGGGAAGGAGGCUGUUCCAGAGGGCUGCAAGCCUCACAGCUGCACAACAUCCUGUUCGCACGGUGGCCAAUUAAAUUUCAACAUUUCCCCCUUGCCAGAAGGAAUUUUGAGGAGAGGGUGAGAUAGACUGACUAGUCAAGGAUCGGAAGCAGGUUUUAGAGAAGCUAACCAAGCAGCAAUCACAGACCAAGAAUUAGAACAGGUAGCUCUUGGGCAUGUAAGAAAGGCUUCGCCUCUUUGUUUUCAGCAGUUGCCAGCAAAAUCCGGCUGGAACGCAACGGGAGAAGUGACUGCUGGGGUCUGGGAAAGGGUAAAGGAGACUCUUUCCACAUGAGCCCUGCUCAUAUGACCCUUGCAGAUCCACCCUUCUUGCAAGGCCCUUGGUUAGUAAGAUAGUAAUAAAGCUGCUUUCUAGUGGGACUGCCGGGGUUGGCCAUUCAUUGCAAAAACCUGCAUUCCUAUGCCCAUAAAAGGGAAGAUUUAAGAAGAGCAAAUACUUAGGAUGCUAGAAGAUUGUCUCUCUCUCUGCAGCUGUUGCCUCUCAUUGACCCUUAACCUGUUAUCUGAGGAGAAGGUGGCAUUCCAAGGCAUCGCAGUAGGCCAAUAAGAGUAUUUCAGGUUUCCCUUGUGCGGCACACCCUUUUGAACACUAUUUCUCAUGAACAAGCUCUUUGCAAGAAGAAAGCUAGUCCAUCAGGGGAAAAUGUUCUUUCUUGGCCCUUCUCGUGUCGGUUUCACUUGUCUACAGAGGGCGAAGAUUACAAACUCUGAUCCCUGUCGCGCUGCAUAGGCCCAAAUCUCUGCCUUGUUGAAGAAGGUCAGGCAGUGGUCACUUUCCCCUGAAUUAAGCAGGGUAGGGCAUUUUAUUUUUUUAAUGAAACUGGAAUUACUCUCAGUUUGAAGAGAGCCUUUUUCACUCCAUCCGGCUCCACCCCAGAGGUACUUUCACUGAAGUCUCAUAGCCGGCACAUUUAUUCCCGUUUCAAUUAAGUAAUGGUCCACUGCAAAGCAAACUUGAAUGACUUGUUGUUUUGGACUCAAAACACUUUAGAUCCACUUAACAGGUACUCUGCAAAAUUUCAGCGCAUGAAAUUGUCUAAAAAGAGAAAACCAAGGACUGAGCUGGCACUUUCUAAACAAGUUGCGCAGCGCCUACCUCUCACAUCUUGUGCUGCUCGGUCCCAUAUAUGUCUACUUGAAAGGAAGUCUUACUGUGUUGCAUGAGACUUGCACCUUCCUCCCCACCCCAAAAAAGGAAGAGUGUGUUUGUGUGAAUACUGUACAACCCACAUGCAUCCAGAGCGUUUAAAUUUGUUCAAGGGCUGUUUGGUACAGCUGUUUCAUCUUAUCUACCUAAAAGUUGCUCACUGAUAAACUGUGGGAUGCAUCGCAUGUGUUUGGCACAAGUAGUGCAUUUCGUGGCCCCGGCCUCGAACUUCUUGUGUUUUCAAAAGGAUUGAAAUAAUAAUAAUAACAAUAAAAAAGUAAAAGAAACUUUGUGGCAUUCACAUUUAAUUGUUUCUUUUACAUUUGGUCAUGUUUCCCUCCCUUGUUGUUUGUUUUGAAAAAUAAAAAAAGAUGAGUGUUGUAAAAUCAGGUACAAAAUAUCACUCUGUUAAGCAGGGAUGUCAGAUACAAAUCAUCCUUCCCUGACUUGUUGAUCUUAGUCCCGUAGGGGUGUGUGAGUUGUAGUCCUCGGAGUCUAGGA